GCCGGUGACGGAACCCUAGUAAGUAGUGCGAAGCAGCGACCUAAUCAAGGAGGAAGGCGAAUGUCGAACGGUACAGAACAGGUGAAUCCAUCGCCGGAUAUCUCGGCUCAACAAUCGGAGUCGAAGUCGAGGAAGCGUUCGGCGCCGUUAGACAGUUGGUUGCCUGAUGGUUGGAGAGUUGAAGAUAAGGUUCGAACCUCCGGUGCUACAGCUGGUUCGGUCGAUAAGUACUAUUACGAACCAGUUACAGGGCGUAGGUUUAGGUCCAGGACUGAAGUGCUGUACUACUUGGAACAUGGAACCACCCCUAAGAAAGGAAGCAAGAAAGCAGAUUUCAAUCCAGACCAUUUGGAAGGCCAGGGAAGAAAUAAAUCCAGCAGAAAAGCUAAAGAGCAGCCGCCGCCGCCACCACCACCACGGCCAUUGAACUUUGAUUUUGAGAAUGCACCAGAGAAGGUAAGUUGGUCUAUGGCGAACUCUGGAGAUGAAGCUUGGUCACCUUUUCUUGGGGAAGACAAGGUUCAAGAUUCGGUUAGACUAGAUUGGUGCGCUGCCUUCACCGCUGUCACGACCAAAAACCCAAGUAAACUGUCGCUGUAGAGACGAUGAUGUCUCGGUGGUUAUUUUUGGAUUGUUUCAUGUAUUGUAGCAUUGACGGAGAUGGUAGAGUUAUUUAACUGGCUGAUUCUUGCUUAGUAGUUAUUCACUUGAUUUAAGUUAGCUGUACUGUAACGUAAACUGAGAUGGUAAGAGUUAUUUAACUGGGCGAUGCUUGCUUAGUAUUCACAUGAUUUAAGUUAA